UCGCUUCAACAGAGUUGCCAACCAGCCACAAAACGUUGCUUUUAUAUUGUGCACGUUUUUGACCAAACAAGUUUGUUUACAAUUUCAACAAGUUUAGAGAAAUAAUGGGCGCUUUGGCAGAGUUGGCAGGUGAUGAGAAGAACGGCGAUGGCUCCCGCACUUUUGUGUUCAUGAACGAAAGUCACACGCUGGGCAACGCUUUGAAGACGAUAAUUGCUCGCUACCCGGAGGUGGAUUUCUGUGGCUACACGAUACCGCAUCCCACCGAGCAGAAGCUGCAUUUUCGCAUACAAUCGCAUCGCGAGCGUGCUAUAGAUUUGCUGAAGCGAGGACUGGAAGAUUUGGAGGCGUUAUGUGAUCAUACAAUAGAAACGUUUGAGAAGGAGAUAAAUAGCUUUAAUGCAAAGGAUGUGGAGAUUAAUUAAUACAUUUUCUGUGGCUACACGAUACCGCAUCCCACCGAGCAGAAGCUGCAUUUUCGCAUACAAUCGCAUCGCGAGCGUGCUAUAGAUUUGCUGAAGCGAGGACUGGAAGAUUUGGAGGCGUUAUGUGAUCAUACAAUAGAAACGUUUGAGAAGGAGAUAAAUAGCUUUAAUGCAAAGGAUGUGGAGAUUAAUUAAUACACAAAUACACUAUACAAUAACUAGA